AUGGCUGAACAGGUGCCUGCAUUGCAUGUCAACCCCAUGGCUCCUGGAAGCUCGUUCUUCUGCCUGGAAUCAUGGCUCUAUGCUGUGGUCAGCCCUGUCUAUCCAACAGCCUUACGCGACCGGUUCGGCGUCAAACCUGAGGAUGUUCAGAACUGGGUCGAUUGGCUCUUCGGAAUCGAAGCUGCUGGACUGAUGGUCAGCUCUCCAAUAUUCGGGUACAUAUCUGACCGGAUCGCAAAACGAAAGAGACUCCUUGUCUGGAGUACUGUGGUACUUCUGGGUGCACAUGCCAUGCAGUGUUUUGCCAGACACAUGGCUCUCCUCGUGCUUGGCAGGUUUCUCCAAGGCGGCUGCGCAGGCGUGGUCUGGUGCAUAGGCCUAGCGCUUGUGGCAGACACAGCCGAAUCAAACAGAGUUGGUCAGAUGUUAGGCUACGCCUCAGCUCCCUAUUCUGCGGCUGUCGCCCUGGGACCAGUCCUUGGUGGUAUCAUCUAUGAAAAAGCUGGGUAUUAUGCUGUAUUCGGUCUUGGCUUCGGUCUGAUCGGGUUACAAUUGGUCUUGCUGCCUCUGCUCAUCGAAGAAAAAGAUGUGAAGCAACGGGGUCAGAGAAAUGGUUCUAGUGACUCAGAGCUUGUGUCCCAAGUUCAGGUUGUGGAAAAGCCUGAGGUCAAGAAAGUGCCAACCACACGCUCUAGGAAGAUCGAAACAGGUGUGUUCUCGAUACCGCUUGGGGACGACCUGCAUCCGACUACGUCAAAGGAAAGCACCUUAUCCGCAUCGCAGCCAUCUGGUGAUCGGUGGUCGACGUCUUCUCUCCUGAGUUCUGGCAGGUCAAUCAAGAGACGAAUAUCGAAGUCUCCGCUGUGGAUCCUCAUCAAGUCUCGUCGACUGCAAGCAACCUGUCUGGCAAACAUUGUCACUGCUAUGAUCCUUGCUAGCUUCGAUGUGACCUUGCCUCUCUUCGCGGAAGAAAUCUUUGCAUGGACACCACUUGGGAGUGGACUUCUGUUUCUGGCGCUGGCAGUUCCCACCGUCCUUCAGCCGCUUUGGGGACGACUGGCUGACAAGUAUGGUACACGUUUUCCAGUCUUCACUGGCCUCUUGCUUUGUGUCGCACCAUACGCAUGCUUAAGACUGGUCAAUCACAAGUCAGUGGCACAAGUGGUUGCCCUGUGUUCUCUUCUCUUCUUCAUUGGCUUGGGUGCUUCACUCUCUCUGGCAGCCACCAUGGCAGACUUCUCAUGCGUCGCGAACGAAAAGGAGAGAAAGAGUCCAGGCUCAAUGGGUAAGACCGGGGCACUGGCUCAAUCAUAUGUACUCUUCAACACUUCGUGGGGUAUUGGGGAACUGGUAGGGUCAAACAUCGCAGGUAUCAUGCGUCAAGGAAACGGCUGGGGCAUUAUGGGCUGGUGUUUUGCCGCAAUAUGUGGCGCGGGAGCCAUUAUCGCAUUACUGUGGUGUGAGGGCUGGAUCGUCGACAAUGCAAGUAGAAGGCAGCGUGAGAGGAAGGAAGCAUAUUCGAGUGCUUGA